CGCCGCUGCCCCUGGUGCCUCGCUGGCUGUGGAGGGGCGCGGGAGCGGCCUCGGGGUCGGCGGCGAGGGCUGCCUCCUUGCAGCGCGUCUCUUUCCCUCGGCGGCGGCGGCGGCGGCGGCGGGCGGAGGCCGGGGAUGGAGGAGGACGAGGAGUCUCCGGGCGGCGUUGGCGCUGGGCGGCGGGCGGGCGGCGGGCGCGCUCUCUCGGGCCAGUGGGCGGACGCGGCGGCGGCGCGGCCCCGCACCACGGAGCGGCACAUCACGGUCCACAAGCGCCUGGUGCUGGGCUUCGCGGUCUCCAUCCUGGCCCUGCUGGUGGUCACCAUGAUCGCCGUCCUGCUCAGCGUCCGCAUCGAGGAGUGCGGCGCGGGAGCGGGGGACCCGGCGGUGGCGGCUGCGGGGCGGGCGGGCAACGGGAGCGCCCCUCCGGCCGGAGCCCGCCUCAACCAGCCGCACCUCCCCGGGGAGCCUUCCCCCGGAGCGGACGGAGGGGACUCGGCCCCGGCGGAGGCGGAGGAGGAGGGCGAGCGGCCGGCGCCCUGGACCCUGCCCCGCCUGCCGGGCCACCUGCGCCCGCUCCACUACAACCUGAUGCUGAGCGUCUUCUUGGAGAACUUCACCUUCAGCGGCGAGGUCAACGUGCAGGUGGAGUGCCUCCGCGCCACCCGCUACGUGGUGCUCCACGCCCACCGCCUCCGCGUCGAGGCCGCCCGCCUGGCCGAGGACCGCCUGGCCGGAGCCCUCGCCGUGGCCGGCUUCUUCCUCUACCCGCAGACCCAGGUCUUCGUCCUCGUCCUCAACCGCAGCCUCGAGGCCCAGCGCAGCUACAACCUCAAGAUCCUCUUCCACGCGCCCAUCGAGAACGAGCUGCUGGGCUUCUUCCGCAGCUCCUACGUCCUCUACGGAGAGAGAAGGUUCCUUGCAGUUACGCAGUUUUCUCCUACUCAUGCCAGAAAAGCUUUUCCUUGCUUUGAUGAGCCCAUCUACAAGGCCACAUUCAAAAUCAGCAUCAAACACCAAGCAACCUAUUUAUCUUUGUCCAAUAUGCCUGUGGAAACUUCUGUUUUUGAAGAAGAUGGAUGGGUUACGGAUCACUUUUCACAGACUCCUCUCAUGUCCACAUAUUACCUAGCCUGGGCAGUUUGCAAUUUCACGUACCGAGAGACUAUGACAAAGAAUGGUGUUGUGAUCCGAUUGUAUGCAAGACCUGAUGCCAUCAGAAGAGGAUCUGGGGACUAUGCUCUAAAUAUUACUCGGAGACUAAUUGAGUUUUACGAAGACUACUUCAGAAUGCCCUAUUCCCUGCCAAAAUUAGAUCUGUUAGCUGUGCCCAAGCAUCCAUAUGCUGCUAUGGAGAACUGGGGACUGAGUGUUUUUGUGGAGCAGAGGAUACUCCUGGAUCCAAGCAUUUCAUCUAUAUCAUACUUACUUGAUGUCACCAUGGUCAUUGUACAUGAGCUGUGUCACCAGUGGUUUGGUGAUCUUGUGACUCCAGUAUGGUGGGAAGAUGUAUGGCUAAAGGAAGGCUUUGCUCAUUACUUUGAAUUUGUUGGAACUGACUAUCUCUAUCCUGGCUGGAAUUUGGAGAAGCAAAGGUUUCUGACAGAUGUCUUGCAUGAAGUAAUGUUGCUUGAUGGCCUGGCUAGUUCACACCCGGUAUCUCAGGAAGUACAACAAGCCACAGACAUUGACAGAGUGUUCGACUGGAUUGCCUACAAAAAGGAUUAUUUAACAAUUCACAAAUAUGGCAACGCUGCUAGAAAAGACCUAUGGAACACUCUGUCAGAGGCACUUAGAAAGGUUGGGAAAUUUGUGAAUAUUCAAGUAGUAAUGGAUCAGUGGACACUCCAGAUGGGUUAUCCUGUUAUCACCAUCAUGGGAAACGAAACUACAGACAAUAUUGUAGGAAUCUCCCAGGAACACUUUAUUUAUGACCUCGAUGUCAAAACUAAAGAUUCUAGUCUUGGAAACAACAGCUACUUGUGGCAGAUUCCAUUAACAAUUGCAGUAGGAAAUACGAGCCACUUCUCAUCAGAGGCAAUUAUAUGGGUGUCUAACAAAUCAGAGCAUCAUAGGAUUUCCUCUCUCAGUGAGGGAAGCUGGCUGCUGGGGAACAUCAAUCAGACCGGUUAUUUUAGAGUUAACUAUGACAUUAGAAACUGGAAAUUGCUGAUUGAACAACUACUGAGAAAUCAUAAGAUUAUCUCUGUCAGUAAUCGUGCAGGUUUGAUCGAUGAUGCGUUCAAUUUAGCCAGAGCUGGCUAUUUGCCUCAGAAUAUCCCACUAGAGCUGCUCAGAUACCUGUCGAAGGAAAAGGAGUUCCUGCCUUGGCAUGCUGCCAGCCGCGCUCUUUAUCCACUAGAUAAGUUGCUGGAUCGCACAGAAAACUACAACAUCUUCAAUGAAUAUAUUUUAAGACAAGUUGCUUCAAUGUAUCUCAAGCUUGGAUGGCCAACAAAUAAUUUGGACAAAUCCUUUGUUCAAGCAUCAUACCAACAUGAGGAAUUACGCCGUGAAGUGAUUAUGCUGGCCUGCAGCUUUGGUAACAAGCACUGCCACCAGCAGGCAGCAACUCUAAUCUCAGAUUGGAUUUCCAGCAAUAGAAACAGAAUACCAUUAAAUGUGAGAGACAUCGUCUACUGCACAGGAGUUUCUCUAAUGGAUGAGGACGUCUGGGAGUUCAUCUGGAUGAAAUUCCACUCUACUACAGCAGUAUCAGAAAAGAAAAUAUUGCUAGAAGCUUUAACAUGUAGUGAUGACAGAAAUUUGUUAAACAGGCUUCUUAACCUCUCUCUAAAUUCAGAAGUUGUCCUGGAUCAGGAUGCAAUUGAUGUCAUUAUCCAUGUAGCUAGAAAUCCACAUGGAAGAGAUCUUGCUUGGAAGUUUUUUAGAGAAAAAUGGAAAAUAUUAAAUGCAAGAUAUGGAGAAGCAUUAUUUAUGAAUUCAAAACUUAUCAGUGGAGUUACAGAAUUUCUUAAUACAGAGGGUGAAUUAAAUGAGCUAAAGAACUUUAUAAAGACCCAUGAAGAGGGAUCUGCUGCCUCUUUCUCUCGAGCUGUGGAAACAGUAGAAGCUAAUGUCCGGUGGCAAUUGCUUUAUAAAGAAGAAUUAUUUCAGUGGUUGAGAAAAUCACUGGCACACUAAUAAGUGUUUCUAACAAAGACUCAGUGCCAAACUGUGCAAGUGGAGAAGCACGGUAUGAAACUCCAGGAACCUUUGACUGGAAACUCAAUGAAGACCAGUCCAAAUUGGAAGGAUAUAUAGAUAUAGAUAUAUUAUAUUUUUGCACCAGUCUUCUCAGAACUGUAAACUUCAAAGAAAAAAGGAAAAGACUCUGAUGAAGAGAAAAGGUCAUGAAUGCUUACAAACCCCAAUUCCCAUUGUACCAUGGACAAAUGUGAUACUAAGUGGUGCAUGUAAAUGUUAAUGUCAGUUUUUUGGGGGAAAGCCCUCAGAAUAUAUGUGCAUGGUUAUAUUAUUCCUGCCUGUAUUCCAGCAUGCUUACUAAGGGUGUCCAUGUUUUGUAUGUGAAUUUUCAUAACAUCAAAUAUGGGCAUUAUGCAAAAGCACAAAGACUAUCUGUGACAAUCAGUAUUUCAAGAGCAAGGUAGGAUGAAAAGUUGGGUGUAAAAGAUCCACAUGAACAGCAUGUGAUAAAAUUGUCACCUUUUCAUGACGCAGCCCAGUUAGCACUCUGAUUGCCCUUCCUUUAAUGUCUGGAUGUUAAUUCUUUUUUGGAGCUAUGAGUAAUGAUAUAAAUUGCAGUCUAAAUUCUCUCCUUUUAAGCCAAGCACACUUGUAUGUUCAAAGAUAGGAUAUUUCCAAAAAUGUACUUUCAGAGCAAAGUAUUAUUCAUGGCUUUUAUUAAUUUGUUGACCCCACAUUUAUACUGUUUAUGACAAAAAAAAAUCAUAUAUGGGUAGAAUCUUCCUUCAUUCUUCUUCAGUAAAAAGUAUUCAACAAGUGCUGCUCAGUGUGGUAAGUAGUUACACAGCUGUUGUUUGAUAUAAAAAUAUCAAAUUGAUAGAAAGGGCAAAAGAAAAAUCUGUGAGCUAGGAAACCCUGUAUUUGGAUCUAUUGUAAAUAACCGUGAAUAUUCCUUGAUCCAUUAUCCUGCCAGCAUGAAUCCUGUUUCUUUAUAAACAGGUGCCUGAUUAAAAUCAAACUGGAAUGGUGUCUGGAGCAACUGUUAAGGAUCAAACAGAAUGGCAUUUGGAACAACUGUGCUGGCCAGUGUUGAAAAAUAGUCUCCUGUAUCUGUUCUCAUUUAUUUUUAUUCAUGUAAAGUACUUUGUAGAGCUCUUCAAAGGCAGUAGUUCUAAACACACUUACUAGGAAGAGACAUAUACUCCACUGAGCAGAGUGGAAAUUAAGUUUAAGGAUGGCACUCUAUACCUUUAUUUCCCCUUAUUUUGUUCCAAAGAGCUGUAAAAUAAUGAGUUUGUUUAAAUGGGUUUGUUUUCUUCAGAAUUUGGGUAAAUUCUUGCUCUGUUCUAGUAACCAAUAUUGUUACUUUGUUUUAGGAAGUAGCAUCCAUCUUAGGAAGCAUUCUGUCUGGUAUGAAAAAUAAACCGUUGACAGCAUUCUCCAAAGUGGAAGGGAUUUCUACUGCCCCUAUGACCAGCUGCUUAUAAUCUUUGCAUUUUCACUCUCCAACAGACAAGUUGACUGAUCAGAGCCCACAAGAGAAAGAAAUAGUUACUUUUAUCAUGUAGUCCAUGAAGGACAGCUUUUCUCAGAUAAUAACAUCACAAUAGCAGCAACUGCCAGAUUUUUCACAUUAUACAUGAGCCCUAAGUAGGAACUUGGCUAAAAGCCCGUCAAUGACACAAUAGCUUUGCUGACUGGAUUGCUGCCAGACUUGGGUGGAAAAAGAAAUCAAAUAUAGACUUUUGUUUCCAUGGAACUUCAUUUCUUCAAAGAAAAUUUCCCAAAUGUCCCUAGGUGAUCUUGUUCAGCUAAGCAUUGUCACUUUAAUUGUAGUCUACAAAGUAAAUAUUGAAUUAAGUUUGUGGAAUCAUUGAUCAGCCAUUUUCUCCCAUUGGCUAGCAACUGUAACAUCCCGUGGUGAUAGAUGGAUGUUUAACGCAUGACCCUCCAGAUGUUAGUGGCCUGCCAGUCCCAUCACCCUUCAUCCUUGGCAAUUUUGGGAGGUGCCGUUGGGAUCUGCAAUAACAUCAUUAUACAGAGAGGCCCCAUUAUGAAAGACAAAGACCUUUUUUCUUUUAUCUGUUUCAAGUGCUGAGCUCUAACAAGGACCUGAAAUUUCUGUUGUGCUCCAGUGCUAAGGAACUGCUUUUUUUCUGUAAAAACAAAACAAAACAAAACCAAAA